AUGUCAAACAUAUAUGAUGCUUCGCGGGAUCCUCGACUCUUGAACCGACGGGUUAGCAAUGCAGAGAAGACCUUUGCCAGGACUAAAGUUACAGAGACGACAGUUGAAGAGACAAAAGUUGUAGAGUCGAAAACUCCAGAGGCGACAGAUACUGCCCCAAAGACCGUGGCUGCAUACAAAAAUUCAAAUAGCAAUCGAGAACAAGCAAGCGGUGCACCUCAGAAUAAACAUCGUAAGAGUAUUCAGCAACUGCAAGAUCGCACCAAAGAUCUCCUAGCUCGUAUUGCCAGUCAGGAAGCCGAUAAUGCGAGCUUGCAAAAAACUAAGGCCGCUACCGCGGCCAAGCUUCGCAAUGCUCACACUACUUUAACUACAACAUCGACGUCUCUUACCUCGCUUACUGUCUCGUACGCCAAACGCCUAGAGGAGAAGAACCGCCUCAUUUCUGAUAAUGCGGAUCUUGAACUGACCAACUCGGAUUUUAGAAACACCAUCGCUGCCCAGCUGCGCACCAUUAGCGAGAACGAGACACAGAUCCGAGACCUGCAGAAAGAGAAUCGCGAUUUAAUGGAUAGGCUCGGCAUGCUGGAGCGGGAGAUGGCCGCUCUGAAACCAAGGGUUGAGCAGUUGGAUGCCGAAGACCGUACACGCAUGAGACAACCACGCGGAGACCAACCACCUCAGUGGCGAUCAGCAAGAUCCACGUACACGGGGCGCGGAGGAGGGUACAGAUCGCAAUAUGAGAACACGCGAGAGCGUGGAAAUCUUGCUCGUGCUCGUGAAGAAGACAGAGGCAGUCUUCGAACGCGCAGUAGGGUUGGCGGUUAUGAUCGGAAUAAUGCUAACCGACCACCGCGUUCUGCGUCUCCGAGAGAGGGUGGCGAUGGAGGCAAAUAA